AAGAGUUUGUGGUGUGGUGUGGUGUGGUGUGGUGUGGAGGGGAAAGAAUUGAUUUUUUUUUGCUUUUCGUUCUCAGUUUUUGGUUCUUCUGAAUUGAAUUUGAGUUAAAUGUAGAGAACAGUAAUAACCAUCAGUUGUGUAUGGCGAAUCUGCUGUAUCUUCAGCUUUCUUCUAGCGUCUUCAGAGGUAGGUACUGUUCUAUGAACUGCGAUUUUGAUCUCUGCCCAAGUUUCGUGAGCCGCGGUUCCUUUGAUUGCCGCGCCUCCCGCGGUCCUAGCUGGGAGGAGGAGCUCUUCCGCGACGAUGGGUUUGCUGGAUUCGCGUUCGGGAACCGUAAGAAGAAGAGGCCGUGGUGGUUCGAUGAUGAUGACGAUGACGAUUAUGAUGAUUGGAUGAAUGAAGAAGAAGAUGAUUGGACUAUGGUUUUUGAGGUAUUUAGGACUUUGAGUUGGAUGCUUGCACCCAUUGGCAUCUCUUUGCUUCUUGGAACGGAUUCAAACGCGGGUUUAAUGGCAUUAGCAGUUCCUUUAGUACAGUCUGUGUUGUCCCUUGUGGUUAGUAAGGUCUGGAGCAGGUCAAGCACUAGACCUAUGAAAAGAAGCAGAAGAGAUGUAUUUUCAAGAUUUGGGAGUGUGGGAAGUGCAAGAACAAGGAAAUCUAAGCAAGGAGAAAACAUGAGGGGUGGUGUGGAUAAGGGAGGAUACAAGUCAUGGAUUGUACGAGACGCUGAUUCUAACAGCAUGGGUACUGGAUAUGGAGGAUGGGAUGAUCUAGACACGCAAAGGGAGAUUAGAAAUGGCAAUCCGUCAAACGAGAAUGUUCGUCCAAAACAACAGUUUGAAAGAAAAGCUAAUCGGCGGUGGAGAGUUAAGGAGAAGCCAUUGCUCUUGAGGAUGCUAAUUGCUGCCUUCCCUUUUUUGGGCUCGUGGACCAAAUUGUUAUUUUGAUGAGGGAUUUUUCCAAGUCCUUACAGUGUGGAGAAGUACUGUUUUCGUUUUCACGUGGGUUGAAAAAGGACUAGAGUUUCUCUAAGGAUUGGUCGUCAAAUGACUUUAGUUAUCACAAUCUUCCUGGAAUCCUAAAGGUUAGCUUUCAAUUAUCUUGGAACUUGGAAGUUAGAAUACACCUCUUACUUGUGAUAAAUAUGCAUAUUCUGUAAGUUGAGAAUAUAUGCCUGUCAGAGAUUUGUGUUUCCAUAAAUGCAAAGGUGUAAUAGUUCUGGUUUUGUACAGACUAAGUAGUAUCUUAUUUUUUAUAUAAUCAGCACCAGUAAUUUGUGAUGGCGUA